UUAAGUAUUUUUAUACUGUUGAUAAUUUAAAUUGGAAACUAUCUCAGUCAUAUGUAAGUUCUGAUUUCUUCAAGGGAUAAUGGAAUGUCCUCAAAAGGAAAAACAAGGAAAAUUUAAGAAUGCAAAAACUGUUGCUUAUAAUUUAUUGGCUGCAUUCAUUUAUUAUGACCAAAAACGGCUUAUGGUCAUACUAAGAAUGAGCAUCGCAGAACUUUUGAGUACAUUCAUGUUCGUCAUGCUUGGUUGUGCAAGCACCAUGGCAACGCUAUGGUGGGACUUUUACCAUACUCCUCAUACUCAAGUUGCAAUGGGGUUUGCAUUUGCAUAUAUAGCGGCUCUUGAGUUUGGUGGGAGGAUAUCCGGUGCGCACCUUAAUCCUUGCGUUACACUCGCAGCAUGUAUUCUGGGAAAAAAGGCAUGGGCAGAGCUUCCCGUUUACGCUUUGUUACAAUUUAUCGGAGCAAGCGUCGGUUACGAAAUAGUUAUGGCAUUUGCAAGACCAGUUGACAGAUACUAUAUGCUGGAAAAAGGCCCCCCUUUCUGUGUUCCCGACAUACUUCCCGAUAUUUCACAGAGUCAAGCGUUUUCUGCGGAGUUCUGGGCUACCUUUUUCUACAUUUUAGUGUUAGCUGGCGUGUGGGACUCGCGAGUCAGGGACAAGAUAGAUGCAGUGUCCCUUAAACUAGGAUUUACUUAUUUAGCAUUGCAUCUGGCGUUUGGUGACCUAACUGGUUGCUACAUGAAUCCGAUGAUAUCAGUUGCAGUCAUAAUGAUCGGAGGUGUCAAACCCGGUGGAUUCUUUGCGGUUUUCUUCAUCGCUCCGGUCAUUGCUACAAUAGUAGCGGCAACUAUUUACAGACUUGCUUUCGCAUUACCAUACCAUAUGGAAAUGGAGAACUGGGGUUUACCAGUUAGAAAGCCACCCACAUCUAAGUAA